CUGACAUUUAGUUCGUUGUAGACUGUGUUUUUUUUUUUUUGAGCUAGAAUCGAAGGUAUAAAACUCAUUUCACUUGAAUUUAGUCGAUUUAAAUUGCAAGAUGUAUCGACUUCCUCCACCGAACUGGAAUACGCCUCCAAAUCAUAUAAACGGAGAAUUUUUAAUGCCGAACGUGGCAGUACCACCACGAGGUCCUUUUGCACCGUUCAUGCCAGGGUUUAAUCAUCAUCAUACAUGGAAUCAAGCAGUUGUACCAAGGGCUCCAUUUUAUAGAGGUUCUACCUUUAAUAACAACCAACAGUUUCAUCAAAGGCCGCAACAGCAGCAAAGAAACAACGUUGAACAUAAUGAUAAAAGAGGUAGAGACGAAGAGAAGUCAGCUCAGGAGUAUUCUUGUGAUGUUUGUGAAAGAGUUUUUAAUACAAAACAGAUACUUGAUGCUCAUCUUGCUACACACGUGGAGUGUGAACAAGAAGGAUGUACAUUCAAGGCAUCUAGAAAGGUCCUUAAACUUCAUUUUAUUCAGAACCAUGCUGAAGGAAGAAUGAGGAUUGUCUUGGAAACGCCUGAGCAAAUAGAAAAAUGGAAAGAAGAAAGAAGGAAAAAAUAUCCAACAGUCGCGAAUGUUGAAAAGAAGCUGGCUGAGGAAAAAGAGAAAAGGGAUAACGGACAAGUGGCACAAAACAGGACAUAUAGAUACAGAGGAAAGAACCAGAGAUUUCACACCAACCAGAAAAGAGGCCCAAAUCAACAAAGAAACCAUAGAAAACUUUGUAAUGAAAAUGAAAAAGUGCAUCAUGAGAAUCAUGAACAGAAUGGUCAAAACACCCUUCAAACAAGAGCGGAAAAUAAAAUAUCUGAUAAUAAAUGCCAGGCGCAGGAUGGUGACCCUCUGUCGUUAGUACUGCUUAGUGAGUCGAAUGGACAUAGUGAGUGUGAGAUCAUCAAUGCUGUACAAACAUCAGAAGUACAAAAACCAGAUUCUACCCCUGACCCCACCCAGGACAGUUCCUCUGCACUUAUGUCUUUAUGUGCAUCAUAUGGAGACAUGUCAAGUGAUGAGGAAAGCACACCUAAUGAAAUUAACAACAAUAAUGGCAAAGAAGAUAAGCCAUCUGGUAAGGAAACUGUAAAAGAAAAUAUAGUGACAAAGCCUUCGAAUUCAAGUCCUAGAAGAAGAAAAAGAACCAGAGAACAAGGACCUCGUAGGAACAUGAAAAAGCAAGCAAAAAGAAAACCUACCCUGUUAGAAAAGUUACUGGCUCCAGAAAUUCGACACGAGAGUAAUGUUAUUCUGCAGUGUAUUCGAUACAUCGUAAAAAAUAAUUUCUUCGAUGCUAUUCCCCAAGAAAACGAUAUGCACUUGAAACUUAAUUGACGAAGAUGGUUUUACAACGAGAGAUCAUCCGGUUGAAUCGGCUUGCGUAGGUGAAAUCACUUGAGCGAAUCAAGGACAUCAAAAAUUUCUUGAUAUAUAUAAAUUUAUUCAUUUAUAUUGUAUAUAAUUGAUAUUUAAGUAAAAUAGAAUAUCGAAAACAAA